GUCUCAGCUGCUUGCAAGAUUAUACAUUUGUUGGCAGGCAUGAAAUGCUUUCAUUUGAACAGAAACAGACAACGAUCGAGCGCAGAGGCUAAACAGAAAGGUUAAAAUGGCUGAGCUGAGAAUUGUUUUGUUGGGUAAACAAGGAGCAGGAAAGAGCGCUUCAGGAAACACUCUUCUGCGUAGUCAGUCAUUCCACACAGCGGCAGGCUCAGAGCGAGUCACUCGCACCUGUGUAAUGGGUAGGUCCACUUUAGACGAGCAAGAAAUCAAAGUGAUUGACACUCCUGGGUGGUGUGAUUCACCUCAGUUGGAGACUGACAUCAAGCAGGAAAUCAUCAGAUGCAUUAGUAUGUCCAGUCCUGGGCCACAUGUGUUUCUGUUGGUGCUGCCCAUCGGCAGAUUUACCAAUGAAGAGAUAAAUACGGUCAUGAAUAUCAUGAAGGAGUUUGGGGAUGAAGUCAGCAAAUACAUGAUCGUGCUAUUCACCAAAGGAGAUGAUCUGGAGGAGAGGCCUAUUGAAGACUACCUAAAAGAACUUCACUCAGAUCUGAAAGCAAUCAUUCAGAUUUACGGUGGAAGAUAUCACGUCUUUAACAACAGAGACAAAAGCAACCAGAAACAAGUCUCUUCUCUUCUGAUGAAGAUCAAUAAGAUGGUGGAGAGGAAUGAGGAAAAAUGUUACACAACAGCCAUGUAUCAAAAAGCGAAGGACCAAAAGAGUGAUGAGGGCAGACAACAAUGUAGGAGAGAAAAGGAUAAUUCAGUUCCAGACGAAAGCAAAAGUCACUCUACAAAUCAAAAUGGAGAUAAGAGAAGCAGACACGAUGGUAUGAAAGGUAGAGAGCACAGAGGUAUAUCAGAGGCCGGAAAGGAGUGUUCACAGAAAUGGAAAACGCAACAGCAAACCAGAGAUACACAACACAGAGAGUGUGAAAGAAUAAAGCAGUUCACAAUGGAAGUAGAAAGUGAAAAAUGGGAGAAAGGAGAAGAACAGAGAAGAAGAGAAAAGCCUGGAGAAGAUGACAAAAGACAGAGGAGUUACGAGGUUGAUGAUGCCAUUAGGAGAUAUGGAGAAGAAAAUGGAGAAAUAUCAAGGGAAAUAAAAACACUAAAACAUACUAUAAAACAGUUAAAUGAAUCAAUAAUUAAAAAUGAUGCUUUAAAGUGUAUGUGGAGUAAUGAGAGGGACAAAUUAAUAACUAAAAUACAUGAACUGAAAACAGAGGUAAUGAUUAAGAAUAAUGAGCUUAAACAAGCAGAAAUGAAGAAUGAAGAAUUAAAGCAACAGUUUAAAGAACAAACUGAGAUGUUUGAGAAGAUGGAAAAAUUAUGGGCUCAGCAAAAAACACAAGAUGAAAAAACAAAAUCACAUGCUUUCUUCGAUUUUUUUCAAAGUUUAUUUAAUUUAAAAUGACCCAUAUUACUAUCACCAUAGUGUUUGCAAUGUUUAACAUGAUCAUUACAAACAUCAUGUGAUAUCAAAAUAAUAUAUCCACAUAUAUGCAUAAUUCAACCCAGAGGCAUUUAAGGUACCGAAUUUUGAUUGAAAUGCACUUUUCUGUUAUUCUCUUCUAACUCAGAUUCAGACUUUGUAUAAGAAAUGUUUCAUAAGCAGAGUAGUUUGAGAAAUUAAUGUUUAUGGCACAAUGUUUUAUUAUGUAUUUCACUAAGCAAUGUGCAUGAUCCGCACAUCAGUAAAGUUUGUCAUGAUUAUUGUUGAAACAAAAUAUCCUAUUCAUUUAGGAAUUACACUGUUCUUGUAAUACAUUAAUGAUUUUUUUAAUAUAUAUAUAAUUGAUGCCUAUUUUUGUUAUAUAUAUUUUUUUACUAUUUCUGUUCCAAGAGUUUUUACAAGGGACUAUUUUCCCUUAUUUGAACAAAAAUCAUAUCAAAAUAUAUAAUGCGGAUGCAUAUGUAAUGCAUAUAAUGUUCUUACGUUAUGUGCAAGUCAUUUAUUUCUAAACUUUAUAUGUGUUGUGCUGUUUUGUGUGUAAUGUAACUAUUACGUACACAAUAAAGGGAUAUUAAAAAGAA